AUGCGUGGCAUGGCAUGGCAUGGCAUGGCGAGCAGGAGAUGGGCGAGUCAACGCAGUUCAUCUCGGGCAUCCGCUCCAGCGAACCAGCUGCCGGCCAGGUGGGUGGCAGGCCACGUGGGUGGCAGGCCACGUGGGUGGCAGGCCACGUGGGUGGGAGACCACGUGGGUGGGAGGCCACGUGGGUGGGAGGCCACAUGGGGGCAGGGCACGUGGAUGGCAAGGCAUGUGGGUGGCAGGGUGGGUGGAUGGCAGGGCAUGUGGGUGGCAGGGUGGGUGGAUGGCAGGGCAUGUGGGUGGCAGGGUGGGUGGAUGGCAGGGCAUGUGGGUGGCAGGGUGGGUGGAUGGCAGGGCAUGUGGGUGGCAGGGUGGGUGGAUGGCAGGGCAUGUGGGUGGCAGGGUGGGUGGAUGGCAGGGCAUGUGGGUGGUAGGGUGGGUGGAUGGCAGGGCAUGUGGGUGGCAGGGUGGGUGGAUGGCAGGGCAUGUGGGUGGCAGGGUGGGUGGAUGGCAGGGCAUGUGGGUGGCAGGGUGGGUGGAUGGCAGGGCAUGUGGGUGGCAGGGUGGGUGGAUGGCAGGGCAUGUGGGUGGCAGGGUGGGUGGAUGGCAGGGCAUGUGGGUGGCAGGGUGGGUGGAUGGCAGGGCAUGUGGGUGGUAGGGUGGGUGGAUGGCAGGGCAUGUGGGUGGCAGGGUGGGUGGAUGGCAGGGCAUGUGGGUGGCAAGGUGGGUGGAUGGCAGGGCAUGUGGGUGGCAGGGUGGGUGGAUGGCAGGGCAUGUGGGUGGCAGGGUGGGUGGAUGGCAGGGCAUGUGGGUGGCAGGGUGGGUGGAUGGCAGGGCAUGUGGGUGGCAGGGUGGGUGGAUGGCAGGGCAUGUGGGUGGCAGGGUGGGUGGAUGGCAGGGCAUGUGGGUGGCAGGGUGGGUGGAUGGCCGGGCAUGUGGGUGGCAGGGUGGGUGGAUGGCAGGGCAUGUGGGUGGCAGGGUGGGUGGAUGGCAGGGCAUGUGGGUGGCAGGUGCAUGCUCACAGCAUUGGUGGCGCCGGCAGCGGGCAGCGUCACUGGUGGGAGCAGCAGGUUGGGUGUGUGUGGUAGCAGUGUGGUGCUCUGUGCUGACAUGUGCUCUGUGAUGACAUGUGCUCUAUGCUGUGCAUGGGGUGUGGCAUGGGAAUGGAAUUGGCGCAGUGGUGCGGAGAGCAGAGGAGAGAUGGUGGCGCGCAUGCAGGUGCAGUUCGCAGCCAUGGAGAAGGAGGCGGCCCACAAGGAUACUGUGCUCGAACGCCUGCUCACCAAGCCAAGGAAGUCCACCAAGCGGGCGCGCCGAGUCCGCCAGGCGGGCGCGCCGAGUCCGCCAGGCGGGCGCGCCGAGUCCGCCAGGCGGGCGCGCCGAGUCCGCCAGGCGGGCGCGCCGAGUCCGCCAGGCGGGGCGCGCCGAGUCCGCCAGGCGGGCGCGCCGAGUCCGCCAGGCGGGCGCGCCGAGUCCGCCAGGCGGGCGCGCCGAGUCCGCCAGGCGGGCGCGCCGAGUCCGCCAGGCGGGCGCGCCGAGUCCGCCAGGCGGGCGCGCCGAGUCCGCCAGGCGGGCGCGCCGAGUCCGCCAGGCGGGCGCGCCGAGUCCGCCAGGCGGGCGCGCCGAGUCCGCCAUGCGGGCGCGCCGAGUCCGCCAGGCGGGCGCGCCGAGUCCGCCAGGCGGGCGCGCCGAGUCCGCCAGGCGGGCGCGCCGAGUCCGCCAGGCGGGCGCGCCGAGUCCGCCAGGCGGGCGCGCCGAGUCCGCCAGGCGGGCGCGCCGAGUCCGCCAGGCGGGGCGCGCCGAGUCCGCCAGGCGGGCGCGCCGAGUCCGCCAGGCGGGCGCGCCGAGUCCGCCAGGCGGGCGCGCCGAGUCCGCCAGGCGGGCGCGCCGAGUGCGAGCGCGCCGAGUCCGCCAGGCGGGCGCGCCGAGUCCGCCAGGCGGGCGCGCCGAGUCCGCCAGGCGGGCGCGCCGAGUCCGCCAGGCGGGCGCGCCGAGUCCGCCAGGCGGGCGCGCCGAGUCCGCCAGGCGGGCGCGCCGAGUCCACCAGGCGGGCGCGCCGAGUCCACCAAGCAGCAAAUGAGGGUGGUGGAGGAGCGGUCGCGAGUGGAGAAGGACGAGCUGAGGAGGGAGAUGGCGGAGCAGCAGCAGCGCAUGCAUAGGGAGCUGGAGUCGGCAGCGGGGAGAGAGGAGAGGAUGAGGCGGCAGCUGAUGGAGGCGCAGGAGGGCAUAGUGCACCGGGACGCCUUCCUGCAGCAGCUACAUGAAGAGGCUGCGCUCUCUGCCUCUGCGCUCAAACAGGCCGCCAGGAUGGGCUGGGGUGGAGUGGGGUGGGGUGGGGUGGAAUUGGCUAUGGUGGCGUGGGUAGGGAAGUGCAUAGCAGCUGUAGGAAGAGGCCGCGCUCUCCGCCUCUGCGCUCAAGCAGGCCGCCAAGCGGGCGAGCAGGCGAUGGUGGCGGCGCGGGACCGCACGUUGAGGAUAGAGGAGCAGCUGGAGUCGAUGGGAGACCAGCUGGCCAAGGAGCGCGCCAAGACCCGCCGCGAGAGAGACAACACCGUGCGCGUCACUGCUGUACCAAUGCUUGCCAGGCUGCCACUGCUCCUGAUUGCCCCACUUGCCAUUUCCCAACGCAUCUUGUUCCUCCCAUCGGCUUGCAUCCUCAUCAUCCACUAG